AUGAAACUGGGAGCGCUGCUCCUUGGAGCGAUUGGUGGUGUGGUUGCGGCGCCAGUGGAUGUAGAGCUUGGGAAGAGAGCGGUCUCUUCUACAAUUCUCGACCAACUCCAGUUCUUCAGCCAGUACUCCGCCGCAUCAUACUGCCCAAUAAACAACAACAGCCCCAAUACAAAGAUCACCUGCCCGCAAGGAAACUGCGCUCGAAUUGAGUCAGCGAACACUACCACGCUGACAGAGUUCGAAGAUUCCCUCGCCUCAGACGUAACCGGCUUCGUAGCAGUCGACACCACCAACAAGCUAAUCGUGCUCUCCUUCCGCGGCUCCCGCUCCGUCCGCAACUGGCUGACAAACCUCGCCUUCGCCGUCAUCCCGACGACCAUCUGCGCCGACUGCAAAGCCGCAAAAGGAUUCUGGAUAUCCUGGCUAGAAGCCCAAACCACCGUACUCGCCGCCAUCACCGCCGCACGCGUUCAGCACCCUACGUACCGAAUCGUCGCAACAGGCCAUUCUCUCGGCGGCGCACUAGCCAGCGUCGCCGCGGGCGCAAUGCGCAGCCAAGGCCUCACGGUCGACUUGUACACGUACGGCGCGCCCAAAGUCGGACUGGAUAGCUUUUCGAAAUAUCUGGGCCAGACAGAUAGGGGCAGGACGUACAGGGUUACGCAUAAAGGGGAUCCUGUGCCCAAGCUGGCGCCCGCGUUGCUCGGGUUUAGAAAUAUCAGCCCUGAGUACUACGUUACUAGCGCGAACGAGGUGCAGGUCAGAACGGGAGAUGUGCAGGUUGUCACGGGCAGUUUGAAUUUCAGCGGGAAUGAGGGGGAUUUCGGGAUCGAUAUUGAGGCGCAUCGAUGGUAUUUUGGGCGGAUUAGUGCGUGUGAGGGAAUCGAGGGAAUUGAGUUGUAA